ACAAAAUUCCCUGUGAAGUUGGAGCCAUUUCAGUUAAACAUCGUUGACGUGCUCAAAUCGUAUUGGUCUCUUCCCCAAUCAAACGGAAAAUCCACAAUCCUCCCACCUUUUAGGGUUUCCUCCGCCCCUCUCUCUCUCUCUCUCUCUCUCUCUCCCGUCGGUGCAUUUGCCCGGAGAAUUCAUUUCUCCGACAAUAUUUCACCGACCAAGGCUUCUCUUCGGCGACUUUCUUUCAAAUUCAAUCGUAUCUGCACGAUUUCGAGGCAACCACUCUCUUCUCCUCAUCGUCAGCCUGCUGAUUUGUCUUGAUCUUACUUGGACGAUAAAGUUGAUUCCGAUUGAUUUCUUUUAAAGUUUUACGUUGAUUGAUAUAUCAACAGGCUUUGUUGGAGGGGAACGAUUUUAGGGAUUAAAAGAGGGGUAGGAGCUUGUGUUGGUCGCUAGUGGAAAUGACUAGUCAAAGUGGUUCGUCGAGGAGAAGUCUGUCGUUGUCAAAUUCCUCAUUACAGGGCAAGAAGAAAGCAUCUGAAAAUGGCGGAGGAGGUCCUGAAUCUGCAAGAAAAUCAUUUGCAGCCUCUCGAUCAUCUUUAGGACUGACUGGAGAACGCACUGUAAAGAGGUUGCGGCUGUCAAAAGCCCUUACAGUGCCAGAAACUACAACUAUUUAUGAGGCUUGUCGUCGAAUGGUAGCUCGUAGAGUUGAUGCCUUGUUGCUAACUGACUCUAAUGCUUUACUCUGUGGAAUCCUCACGGAUAAGGACAUAGCGACUAGAGUCAUUGCUCGUGAGAUUAAUCUUGAGGAAACCCCUGUUUCUAAAGUUAUGACUAGGAACCCUGUAUUUGUUCUAUCUGACACACUUGCUGUGGAAGCCCUUCAAAAAAUGGUACAAGGGAAAUUCAGACAUUUGCCAGUUGUAGAGAACGGAGAAGUUAUUGCUCUACUAGACAUCGCAAAGUGUCUAUAUGAUGCUAUAGCUCGUAUGGAAAGGGCAGCUGAAAAAGGCAAGGCUAUUGCUGCUGCGGUCGAAGGCGUCGAGAAAAAUUGGGGAGCAUCCAUCUCUGGUUCUAACUCUUUUAUUGAGACACUUAGGGAGAGGAUGUUUAGGCCUUCUCUAUCUACAAUUAUUCCAGAGAAUACAAAGGUUUUAACAGUUUCAUCAAGUGACACAGUGUUAGAGGCGACAAAGAAGAUGCUUGAAUUUCACUCCAGCUCUGCUGUUGUAAUUGUUGAAGGCAAACCUCGAGGAAUUUUAACGUCAAAGGAUAUUUUGAUGAGGGUAAUAGCACAAGGUCUACCUCCUGAUUCAACUACCGUGGAGAAGGUCAUGACUCCUAAUCCAGAGUGUGCGACAGUUGAUACACCAAUUGUUGAUGCUUUGCAUAUUAUGCAUGACGGGAAGUUUUUACACCUUCCUGUAGUAGAUAGAGAUGGAGAUGUAGUUGCUGUUGUUGAUGUAAUCCAUAUUACUCACGCAGCUGUUGCUACAGCAGGGAACAGCGCUGGAGUUAACAAUGAGGCAGCAAACACUAUGAUGCAAAAGUUUUGGGAUUCUGCCAUGGCCUUAUCUCCCAAUGAUGAAGAUGAUAGGAGUGAAGAAGGUUCCUUGAAAUUGGCUUCUGAAGCAGAGACAGCGAAAUCUCUUCCCUAUCCUUCAUCUGGGCUGGGAAACUCCUUUGCUUUCAAAAUUCAAGAUAUGAAUGGUCGAAUGCAUAGAUUUGCUUGUGAUGCUCACAGUUUAACAGAUCUAACAACUUCAAUCCUUCAGAGGAUGGGGGAUGACAUUGAUCGUGAUAAACUGCCUCAAAUCCUGUAUGAAGAUGAAGACCAUGACAAAGUUGUGCUGGCAUCAGAUAGUGAUCUUAUUGCUGCUGUGGACCAUGCAAGAUCAGUUGGCUGGAAGGGGUUGAGAUUGCAUUUGGAUUAUUCAGGGGCGCAGGGCCGUAGGAGGGCUUCUCGUACAGAGAGUUUGGAUUAUGAUCAUAAAGAUGCAUGGGCCGCCGCGUACAGUGCGGUUGCAGCCAGUGCUGCCCUAGUAGCUGGACUAGGGGUGUUGGCAUACUUGAGAAGAGCCGGUAACUAAAUUCCAUAUGAGCACUUGACUGUUUAUAAAAUGAUUUGGGACUGGUAGGCAGGAGGGAAUUUGAAGCCAAAAAACUGGAUUUGGUCAGAGGAGGCUACACAUAUUGUUGUGCUUAAAAGUGCAUAUUUUGUAUACCAAAAAGGGGAAUGCCCAUGUUUUUGGUGUAAUAAACAAAAAGGGAAAAGAAAUCUCUUGUUUGGUGAUUUUUCUGCCAUUUUGUAUAAAAAAAAAAACAAUCAACCUUCAUGCUUGGUUAUUGCCGCCCACAAUAAAAAGUUUGAAGGUGAUGAUGAAAGCCAAUCACAGGUAGGUACAUACGCACUUUAUGUAUCUAUUGAUUAUUUUUGGAUCUGGUUUUAUAUACAAUGAAAAAAACUAUUGGUAGAUUA